UUAAAAAUGAACUUGAAAAACAACGCAACACUUCUGGAAAAUGAAACAGUCACAGAAUUUCUGCUUCUUGGGUUUGAAGGCCUACAACAUUUAAAGACACUUUUAUCAAUUAUAUUUGUAAUCACAUAUAUUUUAACACUGUCUGGAAAUAUCCUGAUCAUUAUACUGGUGUCAAUGAGCAACCGUCUUCAAUCUCCAAUGUACUUCUUUCUUAGCAAUCUUUCAUUAUCAGAAGUUGCUUUCACCACCAAUAUUGUUCCAUACAUGUUACACAAUUUGUUGUCAGAAGAUGUUGCAAUUUCUUUACCUGUGUGUUUCACACAAUAUUAUGUCUUUAGUUCUAUGGCAACCACUGAAUGUAUGCUUUUUGCAAUCAUGUCUUAUGACCGAUAUUUGGCCAUAUGCAACCCACUACGCUACACAUCUCUGAUGGAUGUUCAAUUUUGCGUGCACUUGGUAUCAUGUGCAUGGUUCUCUGGCUUCAUUAUAUCAAUGAUAACCUUGAUUUUACUGUGUAAAUUAAAUUAUUGUGGCCCUAAUGUAAUAGAUAAUUUCUUUUGUGACCUUACACCUCUUAUUAAGCUAUCAUGCUCAGACACAGCCUUAGUAGAAGUUGAAUCCUUUUUAUUUGCUGCUGUGGUUACACUGUUCCCCUUUGUUUUCAUUAUUACGACAUAUAUUAUUAUAAUCUUGACUAUUUUCAUGAUACCCUCAGCUACAGGCAGGAAGAAAGCCUUUUCAACCUGCAGCUCUCACCUUGCAGUUGUGUCUACAUAUUAUGGAACUUUGAUCACAAUGUAUGUAUUUCCUUCCCAAGAAGAAAUAUUUAACAUAAGCAAAGCUUUAUCUUUGCUAUAUACAGUAGUAACGCCUCUCUUAAAUCCCAUUGUAUAUAGCCUUAGGAAUCAGGAAAUUCACAACGCAUUAAGCACCUUGUUAAAGAACAUGAUGUGUCUACCAAAAUUCUAA